UUAAACCGGAGAAUUCAAUUUAGACGAAGAUAAAACUUACCGGUAUAGAGAGAAAUCAAUCAUUCAGAGAGAAAUCAGCAACUCUGGAGAGAGCGUGUUCGUCAUUCAAAUCCGAACCUUGGAGAUUCAAUAUUUCACCGUAGAUCUCGUCCUACUCGUCCCGUAGAUUCGUUUCCGAUUGGUCCAGUGUCAAAAAAAAUGAGCUCAACUGUUUCAAAUCCCCAAGGAAUCCUGCAACAAGGUGGUUACAGUGGUCAUGACUCCCGCAGUAACAUCACCUCUGGCUCAGAAUCAGAAUCUAUUAACAACGACGAAGCAGAGUUGGUCACUGUGUGUAGGAAUCAAGAUUCCAGUUGCUUCGCAGCUGGAACGAGUCAUGGCUAUCGUAUAUAUAACUGUCAACCUUUCAAGGAAACUUUCAGGCGUGAGCUAAAGAACGGUGGUUUCAAAAUUGUAGAGAUGCUUUGCCGAAUCAAUAUAUUGGCACUUGUAGGUGGUGGACCUAACUCUCAGUACCCUUCAAACAAAGUACUAAUUUGGGAUGAUCAUCAGACCCGUUGCAUUAGUGAAUUGCAAUUAAGGUCUGAGAUUCGUGCUGUGAAAUUACGAAGAGAUCGGAUUGUUGUUGUUCUUGAACAUAAGAUUUAUGUUUACAAUUUUAUGGACCUUAGACUUCUUCAUCAGAUUGAAACCCAAGCUAAUCCUAGAGGAUUAUGUUGCCUUUCUCAUCAUUCUAAUACGUCUGUGCUCGCUUGCCCCGGUCUUCAUCGAGGAGAGAUUCGAGUUGAACAUUUCGGGCUUAACAUGGUACAAAUCAUAAAUGCUCAUGAUUCUAGUAUUGCGUGUAUGACUUUGACAUUGGAUGGUUUGUUGCUCGCAACUGCUAGUACAAAGGGAACUCUGAUUAGAAUCUUCAACACUAUGGACGGAACUCGUUUGCAAGAGGUACGAAGAGGAGUGGACAGAGCAGAUAUUUAUAGCAUUGCACUUUCACCAAACGUGCAGUGGCUGGCUGUAUCAAGCGACAAGGGGACUGUUCACAUUUUCUCUCUUAGAGUUAGGCUAGUUGGGGAGGAUUCUUAUUCCACUGAAAAUGCAGCUCUCCUGACACAACAAACUUAUUCUACUUCUCUGCAAGGCAUUGUUUCUCCAACCACUGGUACCAAUCCCGGUUCGUCAUUGUCGUUUAUGAGAGGUGUUCUACCAAAGUAUUUCAGCUCGGAAUGGUCAUAUGCACAGUUUCAUGUAUCAGAAGUCACACAAUUCUUCGCAGCAUUUGGCAGUAACAACACGGUUGCUAUUAUCGGCAUGGAUGGAAGUUUUUACAGAUGCAGCUUUGAUCCCGUGAACGGAGGAGAGAUGGGGCAACUGGAAUAUUUCCACUUUCUGAAGACGGACAACCGCCGGAGAUAAGUCAGACUCAUGCUUCACUCACUCCUCUAAGCUCUCUGUACAUAACCAUGUCUAUGUAAAUAGAUUUGGUAAGACUGCAUAAGAUUUAAUUUUUGCAUAUUGCUACGUCGAGUGAAAGGACCUGCAUUACUGAUUGGGACUAUGUAAAUAGCUACAUAGCAAGAUUCACCCGCAACAGUUUGCUUCUAAACACUGUAUUAUGUAAAUUGUUUUUUUUU